AAGACAUGGAAAUCUUAAAAGCGAUUGAAAAUAAUCAGACAAAAAUAUUGGAAAAGACCUCACUCGGAAUGAAGUGUGGAAAGUUGAACCCAAUAUUUCUUUCAAAAACUCCAGGUGCAAAAAGACAAUGUUCACAUAAUUCCUUGAAACUCGAAUUGGAAAUUUUAAUUGUACACCUAAAUUCAUCUGGUUUUUAA